AAGUUAUGGGUAUAAGUCAAGAGAAGAGAAGAAGAACAAGAAGCAGAUCAAAGACUAGAGAGAAAGAAGCUUGGUGUAUAUUGGUAUGGGCUGAUGAUAUGUGAGAGUGAGUUGUUUUGUGUAGCAUAUAGCUAGGCAAGGUAUAUACAUAUAUGGAGGAAGGUGGUGAGAACCAGAGUAUUAGGGUGGUUCGAGGUUGCAUUAAGACAAAAGCAGGGCCAUGGGUGGUUCACCGGAGCACUAAGGAUGGAUCUACAGUCACAAAGUUUCGCCACCCCUCCGACGGUGAGCGCCAAAAAAAUAAACAACGGGAGCGCCAUAGACGAGCACUAAACAAGAAGAUCUUUGCAGGACUUCGAGCUUACGGCAAUUAUCAACUUCCUAAGCAUCCUGAUAACAAUGAUGUCCUCAAGGCUCUCUGUGAGGAAGCAGGUUGGCACGUCGAAGAAGAUGGCACUGUUUAUAAGACCAAGAAACAAAUGAGUGAGCGAUCAAUUUCUUCAGGAACAAGUUCAGGAACCCAAAUUAGCUACCAGUGUUCUAAAGAUGAAGAAGCUGAAGAAUAUAAUGAAUGUAGGAAUGCAGUUAGCUUGGGCGUUGGCGACUCACAGUUCUCUAGUGGUUUUAAUUUACCAGAGUCAACCAUUGAGAUGUCGAAUGAGGAAUGUCAUCAAAGAGAUGGCUUGAAUCUUAGUCUCUCACUUUCAUUGAAAUAUGCUUGAAAUCUCCCUAUAUAUAUAUAGAAAUUAGACAGUUAAGAGAA